CGUCAAUAUUUUGUAAAAAUGAAGUUAAAUUUCAUAAUAAUUUUAAUGAUCUUUGCAAAAGCAUCUAGGUCCCUUUUAUAUCCAGCAUCAUCGUCUUUGGGUUUGGUUUCAUCAGUAUCUGUGCCUAUUACGGAACUGUUGCCUGAUCGACGUUGCAUUAUAGAUUGGUGCUUUCAAAUGUCAUACGACUUGCCUUAUAAACUGUCGUCGUUUUACAAUAUCCCCAUUUGGCCGGGUAAACAUGGUCCAAAAACCCGCAAGCGUGAUCUUAAUUCAUUUUUACUUGACCCUUUUAACAAUUGGUCGAUAUUUGAAAAAUACAAUGCUACCGAACAUCAAGGACGUCAUCCAAGUGAUUUUACGGCUGGCGAACUGUAUCAAACUAUCGAGGAUUUCUUAGUCAGUUAUGGAUACCAUGAAACUUGUCUAUUGAAAAGUGUUUGUGAAUUGGCCAAACAUCCAUUUGCUGAAGAACAUCGAAAUCUUUUAACCGAUAUUUUAACAUUUAUUCUGACGCCAUCAUUGCAUGAGGGUUUUGUUAAAUCAGAACAAAUCUAUCGUGAAUCCUAUGAAGAUGCGGAAAGAAGUGGUUUUCUGGGUGAGGACUGUGUAUUUUUAUAUCCCGACUGUGAACGUGAUUUAUUAAACAAUCUUUCGAAAAUAAUAAGUUGAUAUUAAAACAAUUGCUCUAUAAAUAAAAGUGUAAAUAUGUAUGUAUGUUUAUUUAAAUAUUCAUAAAAUCAGUUAUUGUUAAAAAAUUAAA